AUGGACGGGAACAAGGACGACGCUUUGAAGUGUCUGAGGAUCGGGAAGGACGCGCUCGCAUCGGGGGAUAGAGCUCGCGCUGCGAAAUUCUUCUCCAAAGCUGGCCGCCUCGAUCCGACACUCUCCAUCGACGAUCUAAUGGCGGAGACGGAGAAGGAGUCGUCAUCGUCUGAUCAGGCCGCUGGGAACGCCAAUGGUCCGGCGAGCAAAGAAUCCAAACUUCGACAUCGUGCCGCGACGGCGGCGGGGUCUUCUUCAUCUUCGUCGUCGUCUGCAACUUACACUGAGGAGCAAGUCACGAUGGUAAGGCAAAUUAAUAAGAAGAAGGAUUAUUAUGAGAUUUUGGGUGUGGAGAAGAGCUGUAGCGUGGAGGAUGUUCGCAAGGCGUAUAGGAAGUUGUCACUGAAAGUGCACCCGGAUAAGAACCAGGCACCGGGAGCUGAGGAAGCGUUUAAGGCAGUGUCCAAAUCGUUUCAGUGUCUGAGUAAUGAAGAGAGUAGGAAGAAGUAUGAUGUGACUGGAAGUGAAGAUCCUGUCUUUGAGAGGCGGGCACCUAGGCGCCAUGGUGGUGGGGGUGGUGUCUACAAUGGGUAUUAUGAAGAUUUUGAUCCUGACGAGAUUUUCAGGCAGUUUUUCUAUGGCGGAAUGUCUCCUGCGGCUACCCAGUUCAGGACUUUCAACUUUGGUGGUGGGAUGGGAGCUAGAACAGGUGGUGAUAAUGGAUCUGGGUUCAAUGUUCGUGCCUUGAUUCAGCUGCUUCCUGUUCUUGUGAUUUUGCUGUUCAGUUUCUUGCCUUCUUCCGAUCCAGUCUACUCCCUCUCUCGGUCAUAUCCUUAUGAGCAUAGGUACACCACGGAGAGAGGGGUCAAUUUUUAUGUCAAGAGUAGUGCCAGGUUUGAGCAGGAGUAUCCGGUCGAUAGUCGGAACAGGAUAGUGCUGGAAGGAAAUGUGGAGAGAGACUACGUAUCUCUCCUUUCCCAGAACUGUAGAUUCGAGGUACAAAGAAUGCAAUGGGGUUUUGUGAGGGAGACUCCUCAUUGUGAAAUGUUGAAGCAGUUUCAGUCUGGGGCAUCAACGGCUGCUUGA